AUGACUGAAAUCCCAUCUUAUUGCUAUGCAGAUGGAGGAAAGACUCUAAACUCCAUCUGCAUCCAAAAAUCCAAUUUAAUCAUUUCAGGAGAUUGUGAGAUUUUUGGUGGCACUGAUUCAAUUACUUAUUGCUUUAAAACAGUCAAAGACAUUCUUGAAACUUUUUCUUUUAAAUCGAAACCGAAAUUAAAACGAAUAAAUGAUUAUGCUUUUUAUAGCUGUUCAAAAUUGCAAGGUGUUGAUCUAUCAUCAUGCCAAGAUCUAGAAUUUAUUGGCCAAUAUGCAUUUUCUCAAUGCACUUCAGUUGCUACUUUUCUACUUCCUGAAGGUUUAAAAACCAUAUCUUCUUAUUCUCUUAAUAAGUUAAAAAUCACCAGCAUUAAUAUUCCAUCUACAGUUACUACUAUUCUAAAUUUUGGAAUUUCUCAAUGUUCCUCAUUAGCAAGCAUUACUUUUACUGCUGGCUCACAGCUUACUUCAUUAACUGCAAAUGUGUUUUAUGGAGAUAAGCUUACAACUUUUGAAAUACCUGAGAACGUUUCAUCAGUUCAUGGAUUAGCUUUUUCAGGUAUCACGUCGAUGAGGACAAUAACAAUAAACAAUAAAAAUGCUUAUUUAUCCUGUGAUACAAAAGCUGUUUAUGAUUUAGAUAAAACACAAAUUUUAUAUUGUGCUUCUAAUUGUGGUGACAGUUAUACCAUUGAUCCUAAUGUUGUUGCAAUAAGCAAUGGAUGUUUUGCAAGUACUCAACUUUCAACAAUAAUCAUCCCUGAUAAAGUUACUGCAUUAGCAACUUGGGCUUUUUAUGGGGCAUCAAAUCUUAAACAAAUUACUCUCCCAAAAUCCUUAAAAACAAUUGGGAAUAAUUGUUUCUAUUCUAGUGGAUUAACAUCUGUUGUUAUUCCAGAUAGUGUUGAAACUAUUAACAAAGAAGCAUUUGCAAAUUGUAAUGAUUUAACUAACAUUACAUUGCCAAAGUCAUUAAGAUCGUUGGGAGGAAAUGCAUUACCUUCUAAUCCGAAUAUGAAAUUUUCUUCCAUCAACAAUGAAUUCAUUUAUUUUGAUGACUUUUAUGUUAUUUACAUCGACAAAAACAAGUCUAUAUCGCAAUACUUAGGAUCAAGAUCAGAAAUAGUUCUCCUUAACUCUGUUACAACAAUUAAGACGAACUCAUUCCAAAAUAAAUUGACAUUGACAUCUGUUACAUUUGAUGGCGAAUCAAAUUUAGAAACUAUAGAACAGGGUGCAUUUUCAGGCUGUUCAAAUCUGAAAACAUUUACUUUUGGCUCUAAAAUCAAGUCAAUCGGUGAUUCAGCAUUUUCUGGGGCGCUGAUUUCAGGUGAUAUUAAAUUCCAAACAGAUCUCACAUCAAUUGAAUCGAAUUCUUUUCAAGGUUGCAAGAAUAUUACAUCGCUCUCAUUUUCGUCAUCUGCACCUUUGAAAAUAUCAGACAAUGCAUUCUUGAAUUGUGAGAAAAUCAGUUCAAUAUCAUUUAAAACUACGUCACAAAUAAGUUUAGGUAUCAAAUGUUUCAGUGGAUUGACAUCUUUGCUGAAUAUUAUUAUACCAGAGAAUGUAAAUUCUGUCGGUUCAGGUUGUUUCAUGAACAGUGGACUUGUUCAAGUUACCUUUACUUCAGGAACAAUUGGAUUUGGCACUCUGUCAGCAUUUGUCUAUGUUUAG